AGGGGAGGAGCCGGUACACCUGUGAAAAGACUGAAGGGGAGGAGCCGAUACACCUGUACAAGACUGAAGGGGAGGAGCUGGUACACCUGUACAAGACUGAAGGGGAGGAGCCGGUACACCUGUGAAAAGACUGAAGGGGAGGAGCCGAUACACCUGUACAAGACUGAAGGGGAGGAGCUGGUACACCUGUGCAAGACUGAAGGGGAGGAGCUGGUACACCUGUGCAAGACUGAAGGGGAGGAGCCGGUACACCUGUGCAAGACUGAAGGGGAGGAUUCGGUACACCUGUGCAAGACUGAAGGGGAGGAGCCGGUACGCCUGUGCAAGACUGAAGGGGAGGAGCCAGUACAACUGUGCAAGACUGAAGGGGAGGAGCCGGUACACCUGUGCAAGACUGAAGGGGAGGAGCUUGUAAACCUGUACAAGACUGAAGGGGAGGAGCCGGUACACCUGUGCAAGACUGAAGGGGAGGAGCCUGUACACCUGCGCAAGACUGAAGGGGAGGAGCCUGUACACCUGUGCAAAACUGAAGGGGAGGAGCCGGUACACCUGUGCAAGACU